AUGACUACAGCACUAGAAUACAAGGAGCAGGGAAACGUGGCCUACAAGGCGGGCCAGUACUCGGAGGCCGUCCAUCUCUACACCCAGGCGGUCGAUGAAGAGCCCACCAACGCUACGUACCUCAACAACAGAUCAAUGGCCUACUUUCAACUGGGCAAGUACGAGGACGCUUUGAUGGACGCACAAAGAGCCAACCUUCUGGCACCCCAUGCCGAGAAGACUCUGUUGCGUAUCGGCAAGAUCCAGACAUCUCUGGGCCACUGUGAGGACGCCCUCAACACUUUUUCGUCCAUCCACCCUCCCGUGGAGAACCUGGACACCCACAACGCCGCCCAGAUGUACUCGUUGAUUCAGCAGGCUAAAAACAUGAUUGCAGGAGGCAAUCCCUCGUUGGCCAAGCAUUCCAUUUCCCAGGCCGAGGCUCUUCUGGGCCGGUUUGCCAAGCCUCCCCGAGCAUGGGCUCUUCUCAAAGUCGAGGCCAUGAUUGGUGCUGGCGAGCUUGACCAGGCCUCUUCCAAUGUCGUUGGUCUGCUGCGAGAGGACUCUUCUGACCCUCUGGCACUGACUCUGCGAGCUCAGAUCCUCUACUAUAACGGUGAGAUGGCUGCUGCUAUCACCCAUCUGCAGCAGGCUCUUCGAAACGAUCCCGAUAACUCCAAGGCUCGAACUCUGCUCAAGCAAAUCAAGGAGAUUGACCGAAAGCGAGAGGAGGGUAACUCAGCCUUCAAGUCCGGGCAGUACGCACGAGCCAAGGAGCUGUACACCGAGACCCUGGCCCUGGAUCCCACAAAUAAGCUGGUCAACGCCAAGAUCUAUUCCAACCGAGCCACUGCCAACGUUAAGCUCGGUGACUUCGAGGACGCUCUCAAGGACUGCGAUCUGGCUCUGGAGGCCGACCCGUCGUUUGUCAAGGCCCGAAAGACCAAGGCCCGAGCUCUGGGCUCGCUCGAAAAGUGGGAGGAUGCUGUCAACGAGUUCAAACAGGCCAUGGAGGCCGAUCCCAGUGACAACUCGUUGCGAUCCGAGCUCCGGGACGCUGAGCUGCAGCUUAAGAUGUCUAAGAGAAAGGAUUACUACAAGAUCUUAGGGGUGGAGAAGAGCGCCAACGACACGGAGCUCAAAAAGGCAUACCGAAAGAAGGCUCUGCAGUUCCACCCUGAUAAGAACCCCGAUAACGACGAAGCCGCAGAGAAGUUCAAGGAUGUCGGAGAGGCUUAUGAGACGCUCUCGGACCCGCAGAAGCGACAGCGAUACGACUCUGGUGUCGAUCUCCAGGACCCUAACGACAUGUUUGGAGGAGGAGGAAUGGGCGGAGGCAUGCACGGAGGAAUGGGCGGCAUGGGCGGCAUCGAUCCUGAAACCCUGUUCCGAAUGUUUGGCCAGCAGGGCGGCGGAGGCGGCUUUGGAGGUGGAGGCUUCCAGCAGGGAGGCUUCCAGCAGGGAGGUUUCCAGGGUUAUCCUUUCUAA